UAGUUUUCUCCUUCAUUCCCUUUUGUUCCUAUUCCUGCGAGAAGAGAAUCUGUAUCUUCCUCUGCUUUGACAUUCCUCCUAUUGCCUUCGUUCUCGAAAGCUAGCAGGUUCAUUUCCAUUUAUGAAACUGAAAAAUGUCCGUAAACUUAGACGGUUUUGAAGAAAAGAUGGAGCUGAAAAAACAUGUGCCGUACAUCCUGAACGGGGAGCUUUAUCGCAUCGAGAAGCAGGUGGGCGACAAUGUUACGGUCAAGUGCUGCUACUGUCCGCCGGAUCGGAUUUAUCGCGGCAGUGUCCGCUCCACCGGGAACUUUCACAUGCACAUUAAGAGACGUCAUAGUUUCUUGUUGGGCAAACUCCAUGAAAUGAAGGUGGCUGCUCUAGAGGAACGCCGUGAUCGGAUCAUAAAAAACCGACGCUUUGCCAAGUCGCGCAAGAAGGCUGCAGUUGCGGUUGCAGCCACAUGUACAGCUGCGCAGAGCGAUACCGGGGUGUUCGGUGACAUGCAAGCUGAUGUUCCGUCAGGAAACGAAAGCCACGAGCUGAAGAUCAAAACGGUUUUCCAGCGCCACAAGCAAGAACAGGAGGGAGCUACCCGCAAGCUCGAAGAUUCCACUUCAGAUAAAGGAGUCAAAGCUAAUCUACCAAAUAUCCCUAAGAACUUGGGAGUUGUCAUUCAGAACGUCUCAAAUAUCUCGGUGGAAACACUGCCUAGCGGUUCAACUCCUGCCAGUGGCUCCCUUCUGGGUCGUCCCGUCAAGCCUGAGCAGGGUAGUGGUUCGUCAUUCCUGGCUGAUCAGCCGGCUGCCAUAGAUUUGAGCCAGGUUCCGCCAGUGCAGGGCGAGAGUAAAUCCAGUGGAUCGCUGGCUUCAUCGAUGGAGGACGUGUCCAUGGAGUACUCACGCUCCCAGGCCCUCUCACAAUCGCUAUCCAUGGCCCACUUCUUGGAGCAUCCUCAGCGGGAUGUACUGCAGCGCCUGGAGCGCUCAAUGGCCCAAAUAGGUCAGGAGUUGCACUGCCGCAACCGCAUCGAGCACAACCGCAUGCUCUUGGAGGCAGCCAAGUUCAAGUUUCUGAAUCCGAAUUUUCAGUUUGAGCCGAAUCUGUAAGAGGGUCAAUAAGAAAACCAACUAGACUGCACGCCAGAUUCUGAAUCCAAACCAAAUGCCAAAACGUUCAAAAACCAUGCAUUGAUUAAAGACCUUAAUAUAUUUGUAAAAUUAAAGAAUCUCUACAGAAGUUUUUGAUUUGAUAACAA